UGUGCACAAAAUUGCGGCCUUGCCAGUUGUACUAGCUUGCCGUUUUGCGUCUUUUGUAAUGAGCGUAGCUGCAAAACCUGUUGUCGUGUUUGUUUUGGGAAGUCCAGGUUCAGGAAAAGGCACACAAUGCGAGAAAAUCGUGUCUACAUUUGGAUUUGUUCACUUAUCAGCUGGUGAUCUGCUAAGAGAGGAGAGAAAGAGCGGGUCUGACGACGCAGCUCUAAUAGAAAGUCACAUAAAAGUCGGUAGCAUUGUACCUGUAGAAAUUACAAUCAAUUUGAUCAAGAAAGCGAUGCAGAAGAACGGAGACAAGAACCGGUUUGUCAUUGAUGGAUUCCCUCGUAAUGAAAACAACUACGAGGGUUGGGAGAAACACAUGAAUGGUGCGGCAGAUUUAAAGUUUGUCUUGUUGUUGGAUUGUCCUGAUGACGUGUGUUUGGAGAGAGCAUUGAAGAGAGGACAAGGACGUGUAGACGACAAUGUAGAUGCAUUCAAGAAACGCAUUGCUGUACAUGAAAAUGAAACGAAGCCUAUUAUAGAGAAGUAUAGGAGAAUGGGUCUGUUGAGGACUGUUUCAUCUUUGGCUUCACCUGAAGAAGUUUUUGAAGAUGUGAAGAAACUCUUCGUGGAUAUUUAACUUAAUUAAUUGAGUUGAUCUUUUUUCAGUUGAUUUGCUUGGUAAUUGACUGAAUGAUGAACAGUUUUUGAAUUUCCAGUA